AUGUCAUCGACGAUAUUCUAUAAGUUUAUACAUCAGAAAUCUCAAUCGACCAUCCAUUUCGAUGGGACAGGGAUCAAUGUGUUCGAUCUUAAACAUGAAAUUAUCACUCAAAAUCAAUUGGGUGAAGGUAUGGACUUCGAUUUGAAGUUAUAUCAUUCAGAACAACCAGAUUUGGAAUAUGAUCAAGAUCAAGAUGUUAUACCCAGAUCAUCAUUUGUAUUGGCUAAGAGAUUACCAGCAGCUUCUAAAACAGGGAAAUUUGGUAAUGCUUCAAGAUAUGUUAGUGGGAAACCUCGUAUUAAUAGAAAAGCCAUUAAUAAUGCUAAUUCAACUACCACCACUACUACCGUUACUAAUCAAGUACCUAUAGAUGAAAACAUGAGUGAAGAAGAUAAGAUCAAGAUGAUGUUUGAAAACCAAUCUAAUGCUUGGGCGCAAACUCAAGAUGAAUUAUCUCAUCAUAAAGUGAUUUAUAGUAAACCCAACCAAACUAAUCCUGAAGAUGCUCCACCUCCAGGUUAUAUAUGUUAUAGAUGUGGAGGUAAAGAUCAUUGGAUCAAGAAUUGUCCAGCAGCUGAAGGUGAAGGUAGAAAGUUACGUAAAACUACAGGUAUUCCAAGAUCUUACUUAAAGACCAUUACUAAGGAAGCUGGAGAUUUAGAAGGUUUUGAAACUAAUGAUGAUGGGGAAUUAAUUGAUAAACAAGGUAAUAAAUAUAUGAUCACAGAUACCGGAGAAUAUGUAAUAGCCAUGGCAGAUUCCAAAACUUGGAAAACUUAUCAAGAGAAACAACAAAAUGCUGCUAUGAAAGCCAAACAAGAAUUUGAAUCAAAAAUUAUAGAAGUGAUAAAUAAAGAUGGAAAAUCUGAAUAUUUGAAUCCAUUGUCAUCUCAUCCUGAACUUUUGAAAUACGGUGAUGAUGAUACCAUAGUCAAAUUGCCUUGUUGUGACGAUAAAUCCAAAUUAUCUAAAUUGAAGAAUUUCUAUUAUAAUAAAGAUGAAAUAGAACAAUUAUUGAUCGAUAAUGAUUUCCAUUGUCCUAAUUGUAAUACUGAAAACAAUUUCAUUGAUAAUUUGAUAGAAGAUAGUGAAUUAAAGCAACAAAUUAAAGAAUAUGUAGAUACUAAAUCUUCAGAGUUAGGAUUAGAAGAUCCUAAUAAAAAACGACCUUUGGCUGAAGAAGAAAAAGAAUCCGGUGAUACAAAAAGACAAAAUGUUGAUCAAGUGCCGUUUAUGAUGCCAUUUUUUAUGCCAGGUAUGCAAAUGAUGCCAAAUAUGAUGAUGCCCCCAAAGUAA